CGCCCAUGAUCCGGAAUAACCUAACCCUGCUUUCGCUUGUAUUUAAACCAAGACCAUCCGAUUUUCCAUCUCUCCACGCCUCACAUCUCAGGCAGACGGUCGGCGCAGCCUACACCCCGCCGUUCGAAUUCAGGUAAGAAGAAAUGGUGAAGCAUAACAAUGUUGUGCCAAACGGUCACUUCAGGAAGCAUUGGCAAAACUAUGUCAAAACCUGGUUUAACCAACCUGCCAGAAAAACCAGGAGGCGCAAUGCUAGACAAAAGAAAGCUGUUAAGAUUUUCCCCAGACCCACUGCUGGUCCACUACGUCCAAUCGUCCACGGGCAAACAUUGAAGUACAACAUGAAAGUCAGAGCAGGAAGAGGGUUUUCACUUGAAGAGCUGAAAGCUGCUGGUAUUCCCAAGAAGUUGGCCCCAACUAUUGGUAUUGCAGUCGAUCAUAGGCGAAGGAACAAAUCUCUUGAAGGCCUUCAGACCAAUGCCCAGAGGCUCAAGACCUACAAAGCCAAGCUGGUGAUCUUUCCAAGGCGUUCUAACAAAUUUAAGGCUGGUGAUUCAACGCCUGAGGAACUUGCGAAUGCAACACAAGUCCAGGGUCCAAUUUUGCCUAUUGUCCGGGAGAAGCCUACUGUUGAAUUUGUUAAGGUUACUGAAGAGAUGAAAUCAUUCAGAGCUUAUGACAAAUUACGUCGUGAGCGCGUGAACAAACGACACCAUGGUGCUCGUCUGAAGAGGGCAGCAGAGGCAGAAAAAGAAGAAAAGAAGUAAUCUGUUCAGCUGCUUAGUUAUUUAUCGUUGUCUGUUUCGGAUUUCACCCAAAUCAACAGUUUUUGAUAUUUUCAUUGGAAUUGAGGUUUUCUAUUAUCCAAACUAAUCACAAUAUGUUAUUCUCAGAUGUUUUUGGUUUCUUUAGAUGUCCACUGAGUUGUGUUUUAUUUUCUGUGCAUCAAUGUUGCAUUAAGCUUUCAAGUUUCAACAAUCGUCUCAUAUAUUCUGGUAGAAGCUGGGCUAUUCAUGAACUCAUGAAUCACUUAAAAUGCCAAUUAAUCCCUCAACGUUUUUGAAGUUAUUUCAUUUACAUUAUUGUGUAUUUGUGUUAUUCAUUUACAGUAGAUUUUUUUGUCA